ACCGUCCCGAGCCCCAAGUAAUACAUUUGGGCCAGAUAAACUCUCACCGGAUUCGGCCCGAGCUCAAUCCCCGCAUCCUCGGGCCACAUGAUGUCGGCCGAGUCUGACUCAGCCGAGUGCCUCAAUCCCCGCAUCCUCGGGCCACAUGAUGUCGGCCGAGUCUGACUCUCAGCGGAGAGCCCCGACACACAGCCGGAAUCCGCCCAGAUCCACUGUGCUAGCUGGGGUGGGACAACAUUCCACAGGCCACAAUCGACAGCUUGAUCAACACUAUGCAAAGGAGAAGUGUCCCAGAGAAGGAGGAGGAGCAGCAGGAGAGGGCGGGAGCAGCAGCAGCAGCUACCCCCUUCUCAUGUAAUGGGGUAGGGCCAACCCAAGGAUCCCGAAAUGCACGGACGGUGUUAGUGGGGGAACCGGAAGUUCCCCACAGGCACGCACCAUUCUUCAGAAUAAAAAAAAGCGCCAGAACUGUGCAGUUAAGAAGGCUAGUAACAUCAACAGUGAGGACAAACCCAGCCCUCCUCUCUCCUUCUGCACUGAGUCCAAACCUACAGUCAAUGGGUCCUGAUUGUGACAGUGGAGCCCAGUUUGCACUGCAGGGUCCAGAGAUGGCAUCAGUGAAGCUGGAAGACUGCAGUCAAACACUGGAGCUGAAUGUCAACAUUAAAGAUGAAGAAGAGGAGGAGAAGAUUGGAACAUCUGUUUCUUAUGUACUUGCUGACUAUGGUAUGAGGUCGGUAACAUCAACAGUGAGGACAAACGCAGGCCUCCUCUCUCCUUCCACACUGACUCCAAACCUACAGUCACAGGGUCCUGAUUGUGACAGUGGAGCCCAGUUUGCACUGCAGGAAUCAGAGAUGACAUCAGUGAAGCUGAAAGACUGCAGUCAAACACUGGAGCUGAAUGUCAACAUUAAAGAUGAAGAAGAGGAGGAGAAGAUUGGGACAUCUGUUUCUCAUGGACGACUAGAAUUAAGUCUAGGAACAUCUGUGAAGCUGGAAGACUGCAGUCAAACACUGGAGCUGAAUGGUGACAUUAAAGAUGAAGAAGAGGAGGAGAAGAUUGGGGAACCUGUUUCUCAUGGAGACCAUGUUGAGACAUUCUCUACAUCCAGAGAGCAACAGCAGCAGGAAGGUCACAGAGCUAAGAGGUCUCACCACUGCCCACAUUGUGAGGAGAUUUUCCCAUUUCUAUCAAAGCUAAAAAUACACAUAAAGAUACACACAGGAGAGAAUCUGUAUCCCUGCUCUGACUGUGGGAAAAGAUGCACAACAUCAGGGGCUCUGACAGUUCAUCAGAGAGCACACACAGGAGAGAAGCCUUACUCCUGCUCUGACUGCGGGAAGAGUUUCUCUCAAUUGGCUUUCUUAAAAAUACAUCAACGUAUACAUACAGGAGAGAAGCCUUACUCCUGCUCUGACUGUGGGGUGAGUUUCUCUCGACUCGAUGCCUUACAAACACACCAACGUAUACAUACGGGAGAGAAGCCUUACUCCUGCUCUGACUGUGGAAAGAUGUUCUCUCAACUGGGCCACUUGAAAAGACAUAAACAUACACAUACAGGAGUGAAGCCUUAUUCCUGCUCUGACUGUGUAAAAUGCUUCAUAACAUCAACUGAGCUAAAACUUCAUCAGAGAACACACACAGGAGAGAAGCCUUACUCCUGCUCUGACUGCGGGAAGACUUUCUCUCAAUUGGCUUUCUUAAAAAUACAUGAACGUAUACAUACAGGAGUGAAGCCUUACUCCUGCUUUGACUGUGGAAAUAUUUUCUCUCAACUGGCCCACUUGAAAAGACAUGAACAUAUACAUACAGGAGUGAAGCCGUACUCCUGCUCUGGCUGUGUCAAAUGCUUCAUAACAUCAACUGAACUAAAAGUUCACCAGAGAACACACACAGGAGAGAAGCCUUACUCCUGCUCUGACUGCGGGAAGAGUUUCUCUCGAAUAGGUCUCUUAAAAACACAUGAACGUAUACAUAGAGGAGAGAAGCUGAGCUGAAAGGUCAAGAGGGAACCUUACUUUUGCUCUUAAUGUGGCAAGAGUAACUCAAGUGAUAGUCACCAAGUAAAAUACUACUUGAGGAAAAGUAUUUGGUUGUAAAUAUACUUAAUUAUCAAAAGUAAAAGUAUGCAUAAUUUCCAAUUCCUUAAAUUACCCCUAAGGGAUGGGUGUCCCUAAACUGGGACGGUUGUAGCUAAGGUGUGCUAGUCUGACUAGAUUGACGUUGUAUACAACAGCCAUCUUUCCGGGACAUAGACAUAUCUUAUAUGUGCAGAAAGCUUAAAUUAUUGUUUAUCUAUCUGCAGUGUCCAAUUAACAGUAGCUAAUACAGUAAAAAAAUACCAUGCUAUUGUUUGAAGAGACACAACAACAAACUUAUCGCGCAAAUUAUUUGAUACAUUCACCUCUGAAGGUAAAUAAUGUACUUUCAAUAAUGUACUUUUCAUCAGAGUCAUCUUGCUCUGAUUUGUCAUCCUGAGGGUCCCACAGAUAAAAUGUAGCGUAGUUUCGUCUAAUAAAAUAAAUUUUUAUGUUCAAAUGUAGGAACUGGUUCUGGACACCAAUUUGGCGUUUAAAAAGAAAAAUGUACACCUUUAUUUAACUAGGCAAGUCAGUUAAAAACACAUUCUUAUUUUCAAUGAUGGCUGAGGAAUGGUGGGUUAACUGCCUCAUUCAUUCAGGGGCAGAAUGACAGAUUUUCACCUUGUCAGCUCGGGAGAUUCAAUCUUGCAACCUUACAGUUAACUAGUCCAAUGCUCUAACCACCUGCCUCUCAUUGCACUCCACGAGGAGGCUGCCUGUUGCGCAAAUGAAGUAAGCCAAGGUAAGUUGCUAGCUAGCAUUACACUUCUCUUAUAAAAAAACAAUCAUAAUCAAUCAACUACACAUGGUUGAUAUUACUAGCUUAUCUAGCUUGUCCUGCGUUGCAUAUAAUCGAUGCGGUGCGUAUCGUUGCUCCAAUGUGUACCUAACCAUGAACAUCAAUGCCUUUCUUAAAAUCAAUACACAGAAGUAUAUUUUUAAACCUGCAUAUUUAGCUCAAAGAAAUCCAGGUUAGCAGGCGAUAUUAACCAGGUGAAAUUGUGUCACUUCUCUCACGUUCAUUGCACGCAGAGUCAGUGUAUAUGCAACAGUUUGGGCCGCCUAAUUUGCCAGAAUUUUACGUAAUUAUGACAAAACAUUGAAGGCUGUGCAAAUGUAACAGGAAUAUUUAGACUAAUGGAUCUCACCCCUUAGAUAAAAUAGGAACGGUUCUGUAUUUCCCUGAAAGAAUAAACCUCUUGUUUUCGAGAUGAUAGUUUCCGGAUUCGAUCAUAUUAAUGACCCAAGGCUCGUAUUUCUGUGUGUUAUUAUGUUAGAACUAAGUCUAUGAUUUGAUAGAGCAGUCUGACUGCGCGGUGGUAGGCAGCAGCAGGCUCGUAAUCAUUCAUUCAAACAGCACUUUUGUGUGUUUUGCCAGCAGCUCUUCGUUGUGCAUCAAGCAUUGCGCUGUUUAUGACUUCAAGCCUAUCAACUCCCAAGAGGAGGCUGGUGUAACCGAUGUGAAAUGGCUAGCUAGAUAGCGGGUGCGCGCUAAUAGCAUUUCAAACGUCACUCGCUCUGAGACUUGGAGUGGUUGUUCCCCUUGCUCUGCAUGGCAAACGCUGCUUCGAGGGUGGCUGUUGUCGUUGUGUUCCUGGUUCGAGCCCAGGGAGGAGCGAGGAGAGGGAUGGAAGGUAUACUGUUACACUGGCAAUACUAAAAUGCCUAUAAGAACAUCCAAUAGUCAAAGGUUAAUGAGUUAUGUAGUUAUGAUUAUUUAAAUCAUUUUUACUUAUGUACUUUACACCACUGCCUGCAUCCAUGCCGUGUGUCAGCAUUGCAGGCUGGUGGUGUGAUGGUUGGGGUGUGUUUUCAGGGAACACAUUGGGCCCCUUGAUAAAAGUUGAACAAUGUUUGAAUGCCACAUGAUAUCUAAACAUCAUUGUCAAUCAGGUGCAUCCCUUCAUGUCAGCAGUGUAUCUAUCUGCAAAUGGAUUCUUUCAGCAGGAUUAUGCCCCAAGACUUGUCCAGGAAUGGUUCCAAGAACAUUACAGAGAAUUCAGCUUACUGUGAGAGGAGAUGGAACGAGUUAUUCAGAGUAGAUCCACUCCCAGCCAACUUGACACAAUUGUGGGAAGCAUUGGAGUCAACAUGGGCCAGCAUCCCUGUGGAACGUUCUCAACACCUUGGACAGUCCAUGCCCCGACUAUUGAGGCUGUUCUGAGGACAAAAGGAGGUAUAACUCAAUAUUAGGAAGGUUCUCCUGAUGUUUUGUACUCUGUCUAUAUCAGAAAAGAUGGUGUGAUGAUCAGUUUUUUGCAUUAGUUUGGGUAGAUUAUUUUAUAUUACUAAACAACUUUGUUUAAUGAUAAACAGGCUAUGAAUCGACUACUUGUGUUUAUUCAAUUGUAUUUUAAUACUAGAUUCAUUAUUUGAGUCAUUGAUGAUGAAUGUAUUUGAAUAACUGUGUGUUUGUGAAUUGAUCUGGCAGCAGGUAGCCUAGUGGUUAAGUGUUGGGCCAGUAACUGAAAGGUCACUGGUUUGAAUCCCGAGCCGACUCGGUGAAAAAUAUGUAAUUGUGCCCUUGAGCAAGGCAAUUGACCCUUAUUUGUCCUGUAUAUUGCUCUGGAUAAGAACAUCUGCUAAUUGACAAAGCGAUGAAAAAUGUUUGUACAUGAAUUUAUGGGCAGCUGCUUUUCUUUUGUGUAUAAUUAAAUGAAAUAAAAGUGAAAAACUGUAUAUACAAUA